UCUCUCUCUCUCUCUCUCUCUCUCUCUCAUUGUUUUCCACACUGAAUCUGGCGCCGCCGGGCUUGGUAUUGAGUUAACAAAUGACCAAGCCGCUGCGUAGAAGAAAGGAGCGCAACGUGAGAUCAUUCCGCUGGAGAGACGCAACUUCGCUGCUCCAAAGUGGCAUGAAUAUACUAUAAUAUUAUUAGGUUUCUUCUUUUGGUUUUGGGGUGCGUGGAUCAGGUUUGAAGAGAGACAGAAGAAGGAGAAGAGGGAGUGUGAGCCAAUUGGAAUGAGAGUUCAAGUCAAGUGAGCCGGCAGAUUGGACAUUUAAAGCCUCUUAAAGCAGGUGGUGGGAGGAAUACGGCGCGAGGGGAGUGUGUUUAUGCAACGCGUUGUGGAUGUUUGUGAGCAUGUGUGAUUCCCAGUGGUAAUCCACACUGGACACAGCGUCAAGGGGGUGGUCAGGUGUGUGUUUGUGGGUCGCUGGGUGGGGGCAUCAUUUUAAGCGAAGACAGAGGUAGUUAUGGUUUCUCCGAGCUGGACGUGAUGAAGUAGCUCUGUGAAAGUUUGAGGGUUGUAAGACCGGAGAGGAGGAGAGCUGGGCGGACGGACGGACGGACGCCGUGGGAGGGAGAAGGAGGGGGACACCACCACAGCCACCGCCAAAGCGCACUACACGUUCCCCAAUCCCAUGACGCAAGGAUGGAGAGCACAAGAGCGCACAGGAUAACUCGGCUCGAUCCUAGAAACGGGAGCAGAAAGAUCCCCGGGAAGCUAGACAUGAGGAGUGUCAGACACCGAGGACACCUCCACCUGCAGAGGACUGUGAUUUUUUUCAUCGCGCUCACGAUACAAUCGCAGGGUGUGUGUGCAGUUGGGAAGUUCGAGCUUCAGAUCCAUUACUUCCAGAACCCCCUCGGCCUUCUGCAGACGGGAGACUGCUGCGACCUCCAGGCCAACGGGGGGCAGCGCUGCUCUGCCAGGAACCAAUGUGACACUUACUUCCAAGCCUGCCUUAAGGAGUACCAAGCCCGGGUCAUCCCAACUGGAGCCUGCACCUUCGGGUCGGGCAGCACAGGGAUCCUGGGUGGAAACUCCCAGUCGCUCCACCACCGAGGACACGAUGGAGGAGGAGGAGGCGGAGAGGAUGGGACUAAUGGACACAUUGUCAUUCCCUUCAAAUACGCAUGGCCAAAGUCCUUCUCACUGGUGUUGGAGGCUCUGGACUACGACAACGACACAUCAGGAUCAGGUCAGCUGAUUGAGCGAGUCCUCCUCUCUUCCAUGUUGAACCCUGGUGAGCAGUGGCAGACGUACCGACACCAUGGACGGUCUCUUAGCCUACAUUACCGGCUUCGCUUCCGCUGUGAUUCAAACUACUACGGACCUUUCUGCAACAAGUUCUGCAGGGCCCGCGAUGACUUCUUCGGUCACUUCAACUGUGACCCCAGCGGCUCCAAGGUCUGCAUGGAGGGCUGGACGGGGCCAGAGUGUAAAGAAGCGGUGUGCAGGCAGGGGUGUCAUCAAGUCCACGGCUCCUGCACGGCGCCUGCAGAAUGCAAGUGUCAUUAUGGCUGGAAGGGCCCUCUGUGUGACCAGUGUGUGACGUUCCCUGGCUGUGUGUACGGAAGCUGCACCGAGCCCUGGCAGUGUGUAUGCGACGUUAACUGGGGAGGACUACUGUGUGACAAAGAUCUGAACUACUGUGGCACCCACCAGCCCUGUAAGAACGGUGGGACCUGCACAAACACAGAGCCAAACGAGUACCACUGUGAAUGCCAGGAAGGUUUCAGAGGACGCAACUGUGACAUCGUGGAGCACGCGUGUUUGUCGUCCCCGUGUAUGAACGGAGCCACCUGUGUGGAAGACCCGACGGGCUUCAGCUGCACCUGUACCAACGGCUGGACCGGACACACGUGCACUGAUGCUGCGAGGCAGUGUGACCGGAGCCCUUGUGGACGUGGAGCAACAUGUCAGGAGACUCCUGGAGGAUACCGAUGCCUCUGCCCACCCGGAUGGACCGGCAGGACGUGCCAGCUGGACACCAAUGAGUGUGAAAUGAGUAUAUGCGUCCACGCCCGCUCUUGUCGCAACCUGAUCGGUGGAUACUUGUGUGACUGCCUUCCUGGAUGGACGGGGCCUACCUGUGACAUCAGGAACAGCAGCUGUCAGGGUUUGUGUCUGAACGGUGGUCGUUGUGAGGACCAGUCAUCAGGGUCCAGAUGUUUGUGUCCACCUGGUUUCUCGGGGAAAUAUUGCCAAAAUGGUCCAAGUCCUUGUGACAGCGCUCCCUGUCUGCAUGGGGGACAGUGUGUGGAGAAGGAUGGAAGGACCGUCACCUGUAACUGUCCCACGGGACAUUCAGGAGUCUUCUGUGAGAUUGUGUUGGAUCCGUGCAACCCUAACCCCUGCCAGCCGGGGGUACCAUGUCGUAGCAUGGAAGGUAGAUAUAUGUGUGCAUGUCCCGAGGGUUACUACGAUAACAAGUGCAUUAGCAUAAAGAAUCCUUGCAUUGGUCAACACUGUCCAGAUGCCAUGUCCGACACGACCAACGGGGGUGUCAGCUUCUACAUCAUCCUGGUGAGCGUCUUAGCUUUGCUGAUGGUCUGUGGCUGUGCUGCCUGUGCCUUCAUCCUCUCCCACCUCCAUCGAAAGCGGAAAAAGCAGCAGGCCAUCCCACAGGAAGAAGGCAUCAACAACCAGAGGGAGUUUGUAAACCUCAUCAGAAACGUGGACCGUCCUGUGCCCUUCCUGCCCCCCGCCACCCCGCUCGCACACCCUCCAGCCCCUCCUGCUCCAGUCUCACGUUGCUACGAGGAGAUUGAACUGACUCUGCCGCCCUCCCCUGCACCUUCACACCCGUCUCCAGCACUAAAGCCAGCCCACGCCCCCAAACUGGACAUUUCAAACCGCGAGAGGGAGAAGUUGAACCGCUUUCACUACACAGACAACCAGGAGCUGGAGGCCUGACCCUUAACUUUUGAGCCUCUGAGGAGCUUUUUUAAUUUUAUUUCAUUUUUGCAUUUUUCGCACUCUCUCGCUCACAGGAACCUGUUUCCAGUUUCUUGCACUGUGUCACUGUCGCAGUCAUGAAAAUGGGGUGCCCUAAGACCUUUAUGUGCUCAGAUAGAUCAUUGAAGGCUGCUAAGUAGAAAGGUCGAAAGUCUUACUGUGUUGCCGUCUUUUACCUAAUUAACUAUGAGAAGCAGCAGCAUGUUUGACUGAAAGACACAUCAGACUCUUACAUUGAUUUUGGAGACUUAAAACCUUAGAGUGCCUAAGAUACCUUCAAGAGUAAUUAGAGGAUCAUCGUCUAAGAGCCUCUCAACCUGUCUCCUGGUCCAUGAUGCCAUCUGAUAGGUGGUCGGACCUCCACUUCUGUUUUAGACUGAACUCUGACAGACGGAGAGAUCAUUGAAUGGCUACUUAUUUAACACUCAGUGUGUGUUUCUGUGUCUGGUUGGGUGUUAAGUGUGUGUGUGUGUGUGUGUGUGGGAGAAAGAGAGAGAGAGUGGAAGAGAGAAUGUAUAUUAUGAGUAUAUAUGGAGGGAUAAGGAAAGACUCUUUAAGAAAAGAAAACAAAGUGCGUAUACUUGUCAAAGAGGCUGCAUACUCCUGCUCCAAAGGCUUUUUAAGCCUUUUGAAAACUGUUUUAAAACUAUACACUGUUGCCUGUAUUGUCUCUGUAAUACUACAGCUUGUCAAAGAUGUAUGAUUUUUUUUCAUACAAGUGUGUAAAAUAGCUUUUUUGUACAUGAAUAUAUUGUACAUAUUGAUGCCCUUUUUGUACUGUGGUUUGGUCUGAAAGUAUCACUGUAUUACUUUGCUCUGUUUGUCCCAUUUCACUUUCCAUUUGGAGCAACCAGCACAUGUGGAUUGUAAUAAAAGUGCAUUUACCAACUCUA